AUGCGGCGCACGACGCUCGGCCCCGUGUCGUCCUCGCAGCUCAACACACGCUCCUCCAUGCUGCGGCACCCGUCCACGCGCGUGUCCGUCCCCAACAAGAGCUCGGCCAUGGAGCGCCAGUCCAUCGGCGUCGUGUCUCGGCGCGUCUCCACGGCUGCCGGCCACACCGCACGCCGACCCCCCGCGGGCCCGCGCGCCUCCAUGAACGCGCGUCACUCGCGCGCGUCCGUGUCGGGCCGCGGCGGCGCGCGCGUGCUCGACCCGCGCCCCGUGAGCGACCGCUCGUACCUCAACAGCUGCGUGCAGGCGCUCGUGGAGUUCCUGAGCGACCGCAUGUACGACCAGACGCUGUCGCCGGCGCUUCUGAAGCGCGGCCCGUCCAAGAAGGACUUCUGCAACAUGAUCCUGUUCCUGUUCAAGCAGGUGGACCCCACCUUCGAGUUCGGCGUCAAGUUCGAGGAGGACGUGGUGCUGCAGUUCCGCAACCUGCGGUACCCCAUCCCCAUCAGCAAGACGUCGCUGGCUGCCGUGGGCACGCCGCACACGUGGCCGACGCUGCUGCUGUCCAUUUCGUGGCUCAUCGAGCUGCUCAGCUACGACGAAGCUAUUCAGCAGGCGAACGAGACGGAGCAGAGUGACGAGAACGAUGAGGAGAAUGGAGACAAACCCUUCUUCAAGUACCUGGAUGCGUCCUACCACGUCUUCCUGGCGGGUGAAGACGACAAAUUCGCUAUGCUCGAGAGACAAGAGCGAGAGAAACUGGGUACGCACGCACUUUUUGGUCUCUCAGUACUUGAGCGUUGGAGCUGA